UUGUCUACCAUUAUAUUUGACAGCUGAUUUUCAAUUUUUGCCUACAUUUCCUUUAGAAAAACGACUACAUUACCUUAAAUCUCAGAAAACAUAAUCUCCGCUCUUUUGUUCCAGGUUUCAACAUUCAGCGGUACCUCGGGUUAGUGACGUCAUGGGGACUGCAUUGUUUUGAUGUGCGCGAGAUAAUUUGAAUUUAGUAGAGUGUGAUGUCACGUAGGAGUGUGAGACUCUAGGUGAAGAUGGGGGCGGUGUGGCUCGGGCUGGCUUGUUUCAUCUGUUGGAUAACUGAUACGAUAGCACUUCGGGAUGUCCAGCUGAUAGCCCCGUCAGCCGUGAAGCUCGGUGACACAGUGCUACUCGGGUGCAAAUGGACCCUCGAGGGUAACGAGACAUUGUACAGUGUGAAGUGGUAUAGGGGGAGGCAGGAGUUCUUCAGUUACUUGCCCAAAGAGUAUCCUUUCACCAGAAUCUUCGCUCAGCCCGGGAUUGAUGUUGAUGUAUCAAGAUCAACGUCCCAGCAGGUGGUGCUACGCGAGGCGACGCGCGCUCUGGCCGGCCGCUACCGCUGCGAGGUGUCGGCCGACGCGCCCUCCUUCCACACGCAAGUGCGAUCCGCGUACAUACAUGUCGUUGAACUACCUCCGGAUAAGCCGACGAUAAAAGCGGAGAAGGGCUGGUACGCAUCAGGCGACUCGCUCAGGGCGCAGUGCUCGUCGCCACCUGCCGAUCCGCCGGCGAAUCUCACAUGGCUGCUAAAUGGAAGAGAUAUCCAAGGCAAGCCAAUAAUCCAACAGAGGAUCCUGCCCAGUCCAGUGGUCUCCAUAGACGCUCCAUACAGCCACAGUCGAAGUACUCCAGCUCCUGGAGACGAACACAACAACAUCAUAUUCAGCCCAUGGAAGGCUUUCGGGCCUUUCGUCGAUACAAUACAGGAUGGUGAGUUAUUGCCAAGUCAAGACACGGUUGUGCUGCCGUCACCGAGACAUCACGACAGUUCUCUGGACGAGGAUGCAACUGACCCAAUACCCACCGCAGAAACGUCCAAUAAGGUGGCAUCAAUAAGUCAGCUGUCAUUUAUGGUGCGGCCCGACAGCUUCGAGCGCGGCCAGUUAAGGCUGACCUGCAUCUCCACAGUGCACUCAGUGUACAGCGAGCAGGCUGAGCUGGUCAUCAAUGAGGAGAGGCCGCAGAUAGCAUCGGUCCUCGGGACCAGGGACGCUGCUGGAGGUCCAUUGGUGGCGUCGUUGUUACUCACUUUCGUAAGCAGCCUGUUUGCUGUGCGUGACGUCAUACUGAAGAAUAUCCUGCGAUGAUGUCUGGCUUGGGACGACUGGGCUUGGAUUCCUCAGAUUUAUAUGUAAAUAAGAGUGAAUUUUUAAUAUAAUGAUUAAACUAAGUUAAUUAAUAAAUAGUCAUAUUAGUUAAGUUACCGUUACUCGUAUACGUAUGUCUGCUAUACA